AUGGUGUGGAAAAGACAUUCGAAUCAAUUGAGACACAGGCAUUGCCUGGAGAACUUCGAAACAAUGUUAGAUGAAUUCGACUUGCCGAAGCCUCCUCUCCGUCCAAGCCUACAACCGAAUCCAAAUCGAUCCCAAGUGCUGCUUGAUGGUGAAGAACCCGAUGAGCCUCCACUCAUUUCCGAUGUCGCCGAUGAGCCCAAGCAAGCCGAUGUUACUGAUCCACCGUCGCCACCGAACUGCCCUCAACGACCGCAACCUCUUCGACGUUCGACUCGAGACCGACGCUCAUCUGAUCGAUUCAUCGCCACCAAA